AUGACGGGGAAGUCGUUUUCGAGCGGAGAAUCCAGUGAAAGUGACGAAUGGUGGAAUCAUCUCGAGGGGAAUCAAUGGAGAGUUCAUCCUGAUAGGGCUAAGGUGAGUGACCCAGAAGAGGACACCUCUGACUCAAGCAGCUCGUGUGAAUCCCAUGAUUCGCAAGGAUACGAUGGCGAGAAGGAUGAAGAAUCAAACAUAAAAAGAAUCAACCAGUACAUUGAAAAGCUGGACAUCCUGAGGAACAAGUACGACCUAAAAAUAAGGCUGAAUCAACAGAAGGAGAAGGAAAACCUCGUAAACAACAUCGACAACAUAAACAUACAGGUGAAGAAGCACUUGUUGUUUAAGCAGAAGAUCAAUAAAAUUAACAAUUCCCUUAGGGAGAAGUGCAACUAUGAUGCUUUUUCGCAGAUGGAAAGGAUCUAUAAGAUCAUAUCGAAUGUUAACUCGUCAUACGAAUAUACUACGUUAAAAAUUCAACUUCAGGAUUAUAUAAAACAGGUGGAGGGUUGUGUAAGAAGGAAUUACCUAGAUGCCAUUGAGCCUCUGAACCACUUUUUGCAGGUAAGGAGGUGUCUGUAUAGAUAUGGUCGGUCCCAUCUCCUGCGGGUGGGGACCAUUCCAAACGGAGGAAGCAGCCCCCAUGAAGGGAAUUCCUCAGGCCAUACCUACCACACCAAGGGGGGUGGCGCCCUCCUCAACAGCGAAAAUUCAGUCAUUGAAAGGGACAUAAUUAACUAUGUCCAGCAUAGAGAAAGGCGGCUGUCAGAGGAUAACCCGGAACAGAAUAACGAUGUACAUUCUCACUCUCAUGCGCAAGCACAGGCGUAUGCGCAGAUAUGUCAGACAGAUGAAGAGAGCAUAAAAUUGUUGAACGCGUACUACGACCAUGUGAAGGGUCUCAUCGAGGAAGAAAUCUGUGAGUGCAUAAAGCUGAAGGACAUGGAUGGGGUUAGGACAAAAUUAGGCCUAUACUUGAAUAUUUUUCGUAGUCAGAGGGAUAAGGAGAAGCAGAGUGAAGAGGGAGAAAAGAAAAGGGGCUCUUCUGAUGGAGACCGUGAGCAACCAGAUGUUCGAUCCGAUGUGGGAUCGGAUGAGGAAAGCCACGAUAAUGCAAGCGGGUUGGGAAGUAACGACGAUGUGAGCGUGGUGGGUAGUCAGACUAGCGACCACGGUGACAAGCACGAACAGAUACUCCCCGCUAGUGUCGCCUUGGAGGAUCAGCUUCUGCACUUUGGGGAAUACCUGUUCGUGUGCCGUGUGGCCAUGAAGCUGGUAGAGGUAGAAGUGGACAAGCAGCUGGACCUUCUAACAAGGAAAGUAGUGAGCACGGAAGACAGUGUGUACGUGGAGUGCAUAAAAGGUACAUACGCCUGUCUAUACAGACACAACACCUUUUUGGAGAACCUCCUUGGAGAUCAUCUAGUUUAUAUUAUUUACAACAGAAAGGCUGAGCUACUUUUUAAUAAAGUUGUAAAAACCAUAUGCUCAAGUUUCUGCAGUCAGACCCAGCUCCUCCGGAUCGAUAAUUACAAUGAGUUAACCAAGUUGGACAAAAACGUAGAGAUGUUAUCCUUACUAUGUUAUCAUUUUCAAAACAUAAAGAAAUUUUUACAUCAAUUUGGUGAAGAAAAAUUCCGAAAAUUGGAUACCAUGUUCAAUUUGGCUAGCUUCAUAAAUAAAGAUAUUUUUUCUGAACAGUCAGGCUUGUUUAAAAAUUUGCCUUACAUAAAAUGUAUACAAGACUGCUUAUGUUCAUACAUAGAUUAUGAGAUAAUGUUUACCAAGCAUUGCAUCGAUAAGGCAUUCGUUCUAACGGACGAUAUUAUGUUGUCUUUAAUGGAUGAUGAGAAGAGUAAGGGAAAAGAUGCAAAAAAUGUUUACGAAGAUUUGACAAAUUUCGAAAAUAUUAUGAUGAACUGUAGUAGUAGCAAUGAGUAUACAUCCACCCUUCUGGAUGAUGCGUUUUUCAUUUUCCAAAAGUCUGUGUGUAGGAGUAUAAAUAUGAACGACAUUAAUACUAUGUGCGUUUUGGUGAAUCACAUUAUUUUGUUUAUUGGAAGCACUUUGAAAAACUACCUGAGUGAAAAUUUGAAAACGAGCAAAAGUAUAUAUGCCGCCUUUAUUCACCAUGUUUCAAAUUUGAAGCCUUUCUCCUUUAGGGCUCUUCUGGAGAGCAUUGAUGAGACGAACUACAUGGAGGAGGGUCAGGGAAACAGCCGAACGGUGGCCCUGGCGCAGAACUUUGUUAGUUCCCUCAGCUACGUGAGGAGUGAAACGUCGGAGGGGGGGGCAGGUCGUAAUGAUGUUCCAAGUGGAAGUGUUGGUCGUAAUAGUGCGUUACGCGUGGGUGGUGGUAGUGAUAACUGCUCACGUGGAGAGCACCCUUCGGUUGGUAGCGAAGCGAAGAGCAAGGGGAUCUAUGAAUACCUGACGCCGGAGCACUAUGAGAGCCUCUUCAACCCUCUGUGUGAAGGGAAAAAUAUGGACAGCCAAACCAUCAACUCCAAGUUCAGCUACCCCCACUGCGUGAACAAUAUAGACUCCUGCCACCAAUACAUACAGAACUUAAAAGAAUUCAUCCAUGAAUAUUUUCUGGACAAAUUUUUAAAAGAUAAAAAAAAAAAGAAAGAAAAGGAGAAGCAGAAGGAAACGCAGAAUUAUCUUCUCAUGUUUACCAACUCGUUUGCGAAUUACGACAACCUACUUAGUGACUUUGAAAAGCUCAGUGUGGAAAAUUGUAAAAAUCUGUUGAACAUUUUGAAGGUGCACUUUAUUGGCCAGCUCGUCAUCAUCGAAAGUGUGAACUUUGAUAUAUCGAGUGAGCAGUACGCGUACUACCAACUCAACGACCCCUACAUUAAUGGCUUGGUGAACCGAAUGAAGUUGAUUACUUACCACAUUUCACUCUACUUCAACCAGAACAUCUUCCAAAUAUGUAUUGGCUUGUUGGCGGAGAAGAUCUGCAAAUACAUCGAGCGAAUCGUGCGCACGAAGAAAUUUAGCCUGUACGGUUGUGUCCAAUUAGACAACGACAUCAGAAACCUCAUGUUGUUCUUUACAUCCCUCACCAGUAUCAACGUGAAGAAGGAGUUCGCCAAGUUGUUGGAAAUUUGCGAAUUACUGAAUAUAAACGAUUUACAAGAUUUUAAGGAUUUCUACGAAGAAAACAAGAAUAACUUGAGUGCCAGUGAAGUGGAGAACAUCAUUUCGAUGCGCAAUGACAUUUCGGAGGAACUCCUUAAUUCGAUCAAGCUAUACAUGAAUUGGGGCGCGCCUUAA